AAAUGCUAAUCAAGACAAGGAAGAAGAUACGCACCCGGAAGUGUUCACUGAACAAAACAAAAAAGCAGCGAUUUCCUCAAAGAGGAGCCUUUUUAUGAGAUUAUUUCUAAAUAAAUUAUAUUUGAAGACGAAAAUAAACACAGCGCAAGGUAAAAAUAAACCACUGGAGAGGAGCAACUUUAGUAAAAAGGGCAUCAAUCGACACCCGCAGCCUGACUUAAGAUGCCAGCAGCAGAAGAAUCGCAUGGCGUCAACAGUGUUGUGGGCAACAUCUGCAGACUCCCCCCAGAUGUGUUAAGAGAGACUUGUCAGGAUAUUCUGUCUUAUCUUCAAGGGCAGACGAGUGGAGUAGAUUCGGCUGACAUUUCUCACAGAUUUCAGACGGCUGAGGUCCCUCUUGAUCAUGAAGCUCAGCAACACAUGAUCAGAUUUCUUAUCCUCACGUUCAGGACGGCUGGGAAGAAGAACCUCUCUGCUGAUGAACUUGUGUCAAAGCUAGAAGAAGGCAGUAACAAGUGGUGCAAGGCGUCCAUCCAGGUGCUGUGCACAUUGUGGAGUGAACAUGGUGCGUCGGUUCAUGCCCAACAAAAGGUUCAUUCCAUGCUCAGCACCUGUCAGCUGGUGGACGUGCAGUGGAAGCUGGCGAUGGCGGUGAGCUCCGACACCUGUCGAUCUCUUAACUCUCCUUAUGUUUCGCUGCUGCUAAAGGUCCUUGAGCCCUCUGGGCAGAUUAGCCAGAGGUCAUUCGAAAUGACCAUUCCGCAGUUCCAGAAUUUUCACAAGCAGCUGAAGGAGAUGGCAGCGAUUAUGGAGACCGUAUGAUUUUAAGAAGCUGCUUUUUCCGGUUUUUGACCACGAAGCAACUUGUGUUUUGUCGGUUUGUCGCAAAUUAUGUAAGCUCCUACGUGAUUAAUUGGAAGGAACUCAUGAUUUAAGAGCGUACAUGUACGUAAUUCCUCCUCACACAAAUGAUGCUUCAUUAUGACCGAUUACAAAAAAUGCCACACAUUUAUUGUUUACUCCUGUGACUUAUGACCCUGUUUUUUUUUCUGAAGAUGUUUAUGAGCUGCCUGUUUGAAAAGUUCCUGCAGUUCUGCUUGUUGACUGUUAUGGUUUAUGAGGUGAAAUGUUUUCAGGAAUUACAUCAUUUAGUUCAUUUUUAUUUGUCAUGACAUGGAUCAUAUAGGGCUUACGCCAACAAGAUUUCUAAAAGCUGCAGUCAUUAAAUAAUUUUGCAAUUAUUUAAAUAAAACUAAAGCAUUGUCUAGACUGCUUUAAACAAGCAUGUUUAACAGAGUACGUGUGCAUUUGCAUGCUGAUUUAUCGUAAUAAAAACACAAGUGGGAAAAA